AUGCUUAAUUUUAGGAGGUGGAGUUCAAUUAUAUGUAAAGAGUUAAUGAUAAAAAUUAAUAUAAAAUCAAAUGAAUAUAAGCUUUUCUCUAUUUAUUUUAAAAAUGAUAAGAAAAAUACAAAGAAUUGUUUAGUUCCUACUGUAUCUAAACGUAUUACUAUGACAGUUCUAGGAAUGAUUUAUUUGUUAAUUAAAGAUGUUGCAUUAAUUGAACAUAAAAAGAUAUCACAGUUGAAAAUUGUUGAUAGAUAUACGAGGAAGUUAGCUGAAGCUUUAAAAGAUGAUGAAAAUUUUGAAAAAUUGUUAUUGAGUAACGAUAUAUAUGAUAAAACAGGAAACAAAUCAAACGUCAAUGAUCAUGAGAAUGUUAAGGAGGAAACAACUAGUGAUGUUUAUUAUGAUAAUAAUGAAGAUGAAUUAAGUAGUCACAUUCCAGAUGUUAAUUAUGAUAUUAUCAAACGUUUGAUUUAUGAUGAAAGUAAGAAAUAUUAUUUGAAUGAAAAAAAUAAGGAAGAAAUAAGAAAUGCUGAAAAGAAAUUUAAAAAUAUAUUAAAUGAAGAGAAACAUGAUAAAGAUGAUUAUAUAAUAUUUGAUGAUGGUAAUCCAGAAGUUCAUUUUUUUACUAAUAAAGAUAAUAUGAAAAUAGCUAGAUAUGCUUGGUAUGUUCCAAAUGCUAAAGCUCAUAUAUUUGCCCUACAUGGAAUUACUUCACACUUAAGAAAUGAGUAUUUAAAUUACUAUGGUAGACCUAAAUGGGUAAACCAAAAAAGGAAUACAAAUGAAGGGAAUAUAAAAAAUGACAAUGGAAGUACAAAAAAGGGUAAGUGUGAAUCUUGUGAUAUAAACGAAUUGAAGAAAAAUGUAAGUUCAGAAAAUACCUCCCUCAAAAGUGCAUCUGUACAUUCUAUUAUGAGUGAUACGGAAAAGGAGAAAAAUGAUUUAAAGAAAAAUGUCCAUUCAGAAAGUUCAGUUAGUGAAAUGAAUUUUAGAACAUAUAUUGAUGAUAAGAAGGUAUUGCUAAUUGAUGAAAGUGAUAAUAAUGAUAAUGUUGAUAGUAAUUUAUAUUAUUGUUCAUAUUGUGGUCUUAGUGAUUAUUGUAAUUGCGGGGAACGAACAUUGUCAUAUGAAAAUAGCUGGAUACAAAAAUUUAACGAUAAUCAAUUUUCAUUUUUUGGUAUUGAUAAUCAAUCUCAUGGUUUAUCUGAUGGGUUUAGAGAUGAACGUUGUUUUGUCGAUGAUUUUGAAAACUUUGUUUUAGAUGCUGUUCAAGGUUUAGAAAUAUUUAUAAAAGAGUUGAAAGAAAAAAAUGAUGUAAAACCAAUAAUAAUUAUGGGUACCUCUAUGGGUGGUUGUAUAGCUUUAAAAAUGUUUGAAUACAUACAUAAAUUAAAUAAAGAAUGGAAGUCACAGAUUAAAAGUUUAGUACUUAUUUCUCCUAUGAUUAGUGUGGAGAGACAGAAAAGUAAAUUUACUAAUAGAAUUUUAAUAAGUAUAGGUAAUCUACUUAAGAGAUUUUAUCCUCUUCUAAAGCUUGAUGUAAAAGAAGGUGGUUCAAAAUAUCCAUGGAUUAAAUAUGAUAAUGAAAUCGAUCCUUUUCAAUAUUCUGAUGGAUUAAAAGUAGGAAUGGCAUCCGAAUGUGUAAAAGCUGCUGAUAAUUGUAUGAAACAUAAUAUUCUAAAAUAUAUAGAUAAAAGUAAUGUUGAUAUUAUGAUUCUGCAGUCAAAAUAUGAUGUGACGGUUGAUCCUACAGGUACUGUUAAUUUUAUGAAAGAAAUGAUAGAUUUAUACAACGGUAAAACUAACAAAAAUUCGAAUAAUAAGGAUAUUAAUGAUACAAAAAAUAAAGAGAAUGUAGAAAGAACUAAUUUAAAAGAAUUUAAUAAAAAUGAUGAGAAGAAAGAAGUAUCAGCUGAUGACAUGGAUGUAUCUAAUUCUAGUGAAUUAUUGGAUUGGGAUAAUGAGCCAUGUAAGCAUUUAGAAGAUUAUACAGUUUUAGCAGGUAAUAAAUUAGAAUCUCACAAUCAUUUAUGGAAAUCAUGUAAUCAUGGAUAUUAUAAGAAUUUUAAAAAGAAAAUAAAGUCCAAAAAAAAUAAUAAAAAUGAUUCUGAUAAUGAAGAGAAGAAGUUUAAACACUUAAGUGCUCAUAUAUUAAAUUAUGGUUCUCAUAGUUUAGCAUGUGAACCAGAAACAGAAGAAAGUGUUGAUAUUUUAGUUAAUUGGCUUAAUAAUAUAUAUCCAUAA